AUGAAUUCCUUAUUAAACAUCCCCCAAAAUCUAUUAUUUAACACCAAAAACGUAUUAGCAAAUAUUGUCCGUAAUGCUAGCAAAAAACAAAGCGGAUCCACAAGAAACAACAGCCCCAAAUCGCGUCCCAAACAUAGAGGCUGGAGAGUCCAAGACGGACAUCAAGUAACUUCCGGUACCAUUUUGGUUACUCAACGAAAUUUGCGGUUCCAUCCUGGCCUGAAUGUCGGUUUAGGUCGUAACGGUACCCUAUUUGCAAUAAUACCAGGAAAAGUGAUGGUUACUUGUGAAAAAGCAGAUCCUAAUUGGAAACACACUUGGGUACAGCGAUGCCAUGGACACAGGCAAGGGACCGAGUUUUAUAAGAAGUAUUUCAAUGUGUUGCCAGAAAAACAACAUCAAAACUUCAAUCUGAUUGAUCAAAUUUAG